AUGGCCUCCUCGGGCGGUACCGGCGUUCCUCCAGGCUUUCGGUUCCAUCCUACCGAUGAAGAGCUACUUCACUACUACUUGAAGAAGAAGGUCUCGUUUCAAAAGUUUGACAUGGACGUCGUCCGUGAGGUCGACUUGAACAAGAUCGAACCAUGGGACUUGCAAGAGAAAUGCAGAAUAGGGUCGACGCCACAAAACGAAUGGUAUUUUUUCAGCCAUAAGGAUAGGAAGUACCCAACAGGAUCGAGAACGAAUAGAGCGACGAAUGCUGGGUUUUGGAAGGCGACUGGACGAGACAAGUGCAUUAGGAAUUCUUAUAAGAAGAUUGGAAUGCGCAAAACCCUAGUGUUCUAUCGUGGGCGAGCUCCUCAUGGCCAAAAAACUGAUUGGAUCAUGCAUGAAUAUCGUCUCGAAGAUGCUGAUGACCCUCACUCCAAUAACUCUGAGGACGGGUGGGUGGUUUGUAGGGUUUUCAAGAAGAAGAAUCUUUUCAAAGUAACAAGAGAAGGGGAAGGAGGGUCAAGUGCCAACUCCGCCGACCACCACCUAAACAACGCACACUCAUCAGCCUCCAUCGCUACAUCACGCACCUUCAUGCACAACCAACUACGCCAACCACAACAAAACUACGCCACACACCCCACAUUCGAGCUCAACAAAUCCGACCUAGCCCUACACUACAUGCCAACCACAGCCCCAUCAUCCCAUUUCUCCCAUCCCCUCUUUCACCCCAACAUUUCCACCCUCAACCACAAGCCCCUCGGCAGCGCAGCCGCUGCUUACGACUACCCGUCGCUGUCCUCGCUGCCACCCGACACGCCGCUGAUGGUCAAGCAAUUGAUGUCAAACCCAGAGACCGACCAACCGGGUGAUGGGAUGACCGAGCCAUGGGCCAUGUUGGAUCGGCUCGUUACAUCCCAUUUAGGGAAUGAGGAUUCGUCUAAGGAUGUGAGGUUCGAGGAUGAAAAUGGGUCGUCGUCGGUGAGCCAAAUCAAUCAGCUUUCGCUUCGAGGGGAGAUGGACUUUUGGGGGUACGCUAAGUAA